AGACAGCGUUUCUUUCAAGGAGGGACAGCCAAUCGCCAGCCCCGAGUUCCGAGAGCUAGCUCAGGGGGAUCCUUCCUGGGAAUUGGCUUCUCUCCUGUUCGACGACAACGGAUACGGUCUGCCUGCUUUUUGGAGGCAGCUGGUGUCCGAGGCUACCGACCGUGCCCUCGCUCAAGAGCCCGGGCUGGAGGAGAAGGCGAUCAUCUGUCUGGCGGGAAACCGGGUAGCCGAUGCCUGUGGCUACCUACUUGCCGCGGGUAACUUCCGGUUGGCCACUCUCGUUUCCGGCAUCGGGAUGCAAGACGGGGAUAUGAAGGCCCAGCUGAAGGAUUGGCGAGAGUCGAACGUGCUGGCCGAGUUCUCGCAACCUGUCCGAGCCAUCUACGAGCUCUUAGCCGGCAACGCCGGUGUCUGCGCCGGCGUCAAGAAUGUUCCCAUUGAGAACCGGGUUGACUCGUUCACGAUCUCUCAGCGGUUCGGGCUGGACUGGAUGCGGUCGUUUGGCCUCCGUCUCUUCUACACGACCGGCGCCACCGCGAAUGUCGCGGAGGCGGUUCGUUCUUUCCAGGCCGACAUCGAGCAGGACAAGGAGCCGGAGCCGGAUAGCGCUCUGUGGUCGCUCCUCAAGGCCUUCGCAAACCAGGAGUUUGACUGGUCCGACACGCGCCUUGGCUGGCUUUUGACCAAGGCAAUCUACGCUACAGGGAAGGUUUCAUUUGGACAGGAUGCCGCCGAGAAGCUCGACAAGGCCUCCCUGGCUUAUGCUUCGGCCCUCACGGCGCAGUCCCAGUGGGUACCUGCCACCUUUGUUCUCCUCCAGCUUUCGGACGCCGCAUCCCGUGAGGCUGCCGUGCGCGACCACCUCGGCCGUCACGCGCGCCGCAUUGGCUCGCCGCGCAACCCAAACAGCGCCUUCUCCUCGCUCCGGAAGUUUGGCGUGCCCGAGACUUGGAUCUGGGAGGCCAAGGCGCUCGACUUCCGCGCCCGGGGAGACUCGCAGCAGGAGUUCCUCGCGCUGGUCUGGGCGCAGAACUAUAGCGAGGCGAACCAGGCCUUUGUCCAUCGCGUCGGGCCAGACCUGGUCAUCGCGCGGGACUUCCGGCGCCUCUUCCGCUUCGCACAGCUCCUGUUCAAGGUGAAAGGCAAACUGCAAGACUGGGACCGCGGGGCCGCGGUCUAUCUGCUGUAUCCGAUGGCGCGGUUGCAGGGUAAGCAGCACGGGCUGGAUAAAUUUGAUCACCAGCUGUUUGACGGACUGGUGGCGCUGCGCGGGCAGACCCAUGGGGAUAUCAGGCAGGAAGCGGCGAUCGCGGACAUGGCGGAGGACUUGAUCCGGUGCAGAGGCGGGGACCCUAGGCUGUUUGGCCUGCUGCCGGAGGAUGUGAGGAGCAAGUAUAUGCGCGCGCAGGCGCUCGAGGUUAUUUGCUGAAUGGAUGGUGAAGUGGGCGUGUGUGAAUCCGAGGUGUUGGCGAGUGUAGACUGUCAUUCUGUAAUCUGGACGGAGAAAUGGAUGGGGUUGCUUCACAUCG